AUGGCGGCUUCUACCUCUUCUUCUUCGUCUGUUGUAGGAUUGAUCCCGACACGGCCGCUAGUAUUCAUCGAUUUCAAGCAGGAAGACGUGGGCAAAAGCCUUAUAAGCUUUCUCGAGCCUGUCCUCAAAAACGAGAAUGUAAAUGUCUUAAUAGACGAAGAAGAGGUAAGAGACAGAGAUCUAGGGAGUUUGUUACAAAGAAUCCAGGACUCGAGAAUAUCACUAGCGAUCUUCACGGAGUCAAAAUAUGGUUUUGAUGAGCUACCAAAGAUCAAAGAACCCGUCGUUGAAGAGAUGCCUAUAUUAUGCAAGAUGGACGUGAUUUCCUUUAAGAAGCUUAAUGGAGACUUGGCUGAUCUCCUAAACAGCGAAAAGUCCAAGAAAGAUCACAUAAAAUCUGCCGUGGAGGAAUUGAGUAGAUUGCUGGUGAAUAUUUCCGCCGGAGUAAACAAAAAAGGAGAAGCAGAUAGCAAAUGUAUCAUGGUUCCUGCUAGGAAACUCGAGAUUAGUCAUUCCGAGAAACUAAGAAACUGGACAUGGAGUUCUAUCUACGAGGCACCAAAUGAAGCUGCCAUAGAAAUUGCGAUGUUGAAUGAAGUUUACUGGCUACACAUAUCUGGAAAUUUUCACACAAGAAAUCUGACACCGGGGACAAAUUACGAGGUUGUGUUUCUGGUGAGCUUAGAUGAUACAUCUUCAGGAUGGGAGAAGCCGGUGAACCUGAGCCUAAAGAUAGUUGAUCCGAAUGGAAAAGAGAGUUUGCAGGAGAGGACAACGAGUUUGGAAGACCACAUAGGCGAAAACUGGGUGGAUAUCCAGGCUGGAAUUUUGGUGGCACCGCCUAGGAAGGCGGCUGCAAAGAUGACUUUCACUAUGUAUCAGUACGUGACUGAUGACCGGAAGAGCGGCCUCGUUGUCAAAGGUGUUGCGAUUCGUCCCAUGCAGUAA